AUGUGGCUCGGAGAGCCAGUCUCCCAACCACCGCCAUCACCUGCCGUGGUCAGCGCCGCAACAGCUGCUCGCCACACUUCUGCGCAGAGCUACCUCAGCAUGAGUCCCCAGCGCAGCCUGCUCCUAGUGGCCAUCCUAGUCCUCUUGGACCACCUCAGCUUGGCCAGGAACCUCCCCCGGCCCACCCCAGAACCAGGAAGGUGCCAUCAGCAUUCCCAAAAGCUGCUGGAGGCUGUCAGCACCACCCUUCAGAAGGCCAGAGAAACCCUAAAUUCUUCCUCCCACACUUCUGAAGAGAUUGAUCAUGAAGACAUCACAAAAGAUAAAACCAGCACAGUAAGGGCCUGCAUACCGCUAGAAUUAACCAAGAAUGAGAGUUGCCUGGCCUCCAGAGAGACAUCUUUCAUACCUAAUGGGAAAUGCCUAACCUCUAGAAAGACCUCUUCUAUGAUGACUCUGUGCCUUAGUAGUAUCUAUGAGGACUUGAAGAUGUACCAGGUGGAGUUCAAAGCCAUGAAUGAGGUGCUUUCCAUGUAUCCCAUCAACCAGACCAUUCUAGAUCAAAACUUGCUGACUGUUAUGGAGAAGCUGAUGCAGGACCUGAAUUCCACCAGCGAGACUGUGAUGCACCCAUCUUCCCAUGAAGAAACAAACUUUUAUAAAACUAAAGUCAAGCUCUUUGUACUUCUUCAUGCUUUCAGAAUUCGUGCAGUGACUAUUGAUAGAGUGAUGAGCUAUCUGAAUUCUUCCUAA